AUGAGUUGCUCCUGCAACACGGCCGCGCUGCGGAUCUUUGUCCGAAACGUCGCCAACAUCCAAGUCCCCUCAUCUCAACAAGUCACUCCAAGAGCGCUUUCUGGCAUUUACAGGCCAAGGACUACUACACAUCUACCUCUUCAUACCCGGUCUCUACACACGACGCGCGCUGCCCGAACCGACUCCACAGACGCUGUCUCCGAGGAGGCAAACCAGUCUGAGCCGCCAACAGCCACAGAGAAACCAGAAACCCCAAAGUUGCUCUUCCGAAAAACCCGUAGUCCUCCCAACCCAGAAUGGAAGGCAAAGAACCUUCCACAGCGCCCAAAUUAUCACCCUCGAGACUAUAAAAAGAAGCCCGGGCUAGACGUCGACGAUACGCCAAAGGAAGAGUUAAAGAAGAAGAUCAGAUGGAGAGGCCUACCUGAAGAGGAGCGUCGAGAGCUCUACGCAAAAGCCGGCAAGGAGAUGCCCGACGAGGCCGAGAGGCAAGCGCGCAAGCAGGAGCGACAGGCACAGAAGCUGAAACAGUCACUCGAGGGCGCCGGGGGCCGCGGCGGCGAAGGAGGGGAGCCCUUUAAAAAGUACAACCCGUCCAACCCCAAGCGCGAGGACUGGCAGCACCAGAAGAACGCGCUGAAGGAAAAGUUCCCCGAGGGCUGGAAGCCGCUCAAGAAGCUGUCGCCGGACGCGCUGGAGGGCAUCCGCGCCCUGCACAAGCAGUUCCCCGACGAGUACACGACCGAGGUGCUGGCCGACAAGUUCCAGGUGUCGCCCGAGGCCAUCCGCCGCAUCUUGAGGAGCAAGUGGCGGCCGGACCCGGAGGAGGAGAUUGAGCGACAGGAGAGGUGGUUCAAGCGCGGCACGCAGAUCUGGCAACGGUAUGCCGAGCUGGGCGUCAAACCCCCCAAGAAGUGGCGGGAGCAGGGCAUCAAGCCGAAUAAAUACUGGAAGGAAGAGGACAAGGAGAAGACGUUCAAGGACCGCCAUAUUGCGAAUGUUAGGCUGCAUCGGAGUUUGUUGUGA